AUGCCUAAACCCAGAACCUCCCAAUUAGCCUCUCUUCGUACAUUCCUUCGCUCAUUUUCUUCCUCCUCUAGAGAAUCCCGAUUUCCCCUCUCCAAAAUUUCCUCAUUUAACUCUUCCUCCCAGCCUCCGCCGCCGCAGCCGCCGUCACAGCAGCUUCACCACCACCACCUCUUCACUCAUCUGACCACCAAGAACCGAUCUUGGGCGCGACCCUUUUCGCCUUUUUCGAUUUCAUCGAGGCCCAUUUCCUCAGAAAGUGGCCGACUUUUGAAAGAGGAAGAAUCAGAAUCCUUUGCGAAGUCUCUUUCUGAUGAGCUUAUCAAGAACCCAGAAGCGGAAUCACUGUCAUUGUCGCAAAGGUUGGAUCUGUCUUUCUCUCAUGUGAAGAUCACGCCUUCAAUUGUUGCCAGCGCGCUCAAUAUUGUUGCCAGCACAGUCGAUGGUUCCUCUGAUGAAAUUCUCCCUGGUGUUAGGAGCGUUGUGUUGGAUUUUCUCAAAUGGGUAAGUUCAAGACCUGGUUUUGAUGUUGAUGAUGAGUUGUUAUCUUAUUUUGUGAUUUAUUUUGGGAGGAGGAGGGAUUUUAAAGCCGCGUAUGAGGUGCUAGUUCAUGGGGUUGGGAAAACAGGGAAGAAGUGCUUUGAGUCGAUUGUUGAUAGGUUAGUUAGGGCUGGAAGGCCUCGUGAAGUUGUUGAAUUGUUUAACAUAAUGGAGAAGAAAUAUGGGUGGACUAGGGAUAAGGAUUCUUUGAAGUUUAUUGUUUCCAAACUUUGUGACUAUGGUUUUGCUAAACCUGCUGAGAAAAUGGUGAAAAGUUUGGCCAAUGAGUUUUUCCCUGAUAAUUACAUUUGUGAUGCCUUGAUCAAAGGGUGGUGUGUUGAUGAGAAACUAGAUGAGGUGAAAAGAGUGGCGGGAGAGAUGUAUAGGGGUGGAUUUGAGCUCGGUACUGGAGCCUAUAAUGCAAUCCUGGAUUGUGUUUGUCGGCUUUGUAGGAGGAAGGAUCCAUUUCUGUUGCUACCCGAAGCAGAAAAAGUACUGGUACAAAUGGAAGAAAUGGGGGUCCCUCGAGAUGUGGAGACCUUCAAUGUAUUGAUUAGUCACUUGUGUAAGAUUAGGAAGACAACUGAUGCUGUAAGUUUGUUUCACAGGAUGGGCGAGUGGGGUUGUUAUCCCAACAAAACGACGUUCCUUUUACUAAUUAGGAGUUUAUAUCAAGCAGCCCGGGUUGGGGAGGGUGAUGAAUUUAUAGACAGAAUGAAAUCUGCAGGAUACGGUGAUGCACUUAAUAGGAAGGAAUAUUAUGGUUUCUUAAAAAUUUUGUGCGGCAUAGAGAGGAUCGAUCAUGCCAUGAGCAUCUUCGCAAUGAUGAAAGAAGAUGGCCGUGAACCAGGAGUUAUGACUUAUGAUUUGUUGAUUGGCAAAUUGUUUGCUCAUGGAAGAUCGGAUAAAGCAAAUGCGCUUUACAAGGAAGCCGAGAGCAACGGGCUCCCAAUUGAACAGAAAACUUAUAAGUUGGAUCCUAGGUUUGCUAAGAAGAAACCUAUUGCUGUUAAGAAAGAAAAGAAGAGGGAAACAUUGCCCGAAAAGAUGGCUCGGAAGAGGACACGGCUUAAGAAAAUUAGACUUAGUUAUGUUAAGAAGCCAAAGAGAACCAUGCGUGCAAUGUAA